GUAGCUCUCGUCCGGUUCCGGCGUCCUGCGGAAAGCGUCCGGACCACCGUGGAAUCAUCAUGGAAGACUCAGAACGGCUCUCGCUGAAGACCAAGUUGCUCCUAGCCUUGGGCCAGAGCGUGGAAGGAAUUUGGGUCACUGUUGGUGGUUAUUACCUCAACAAGUUCUUCCUUGAGACGUGCUGUAUCCAACCCGCACUCGUUGGCCUCAUUCAACUGGGAGUUGGGCUUUUUGACGCCUUUAAUGAUACCUUGAUCGGAGCGCUCUCGGACAAGACCCGCACGCGCUGGGGUCGCCGGCGACCUUGGUUGCUCUUUGGAGGCCCAUUUUUGGCCAUCGCCUACCUGGCAGUUUGGUACAGACUUCCUCUCGAUACACCUCAGGAGUGGAAAAUGCUGUACUACACUACGGCCUUCAUGUCGGUGUCCGUGGGUCUUACUUCAGUGCGGGUGCAGAUUACGGCACUGCUACCCGAACUUACCAGGGACUACAAUGAAAGAAUGAACGCCUCCGGUUUUACCGUGGUGGGCGUGAACGUCAUCGGCCUCGCCUUUGCAAUGAUACAUGCCUUCAUCGUGGGGACCGCCCACCAUCCAAGCUCCUUUAUGCAGAGUGCUGCCGUUUGUUCUGCUGCCAUUCUGAUCUUUAGCUGGACCGUCUUCUGUGGCAUCAAGGCAGUCAAAGACAGUAAGUGCUCAGUUGGAAGCACAUCCUUUUGCUAUGUGACCUUGAUGUAUCUUGCAGGGCCUACAGCAGUCACGCUAACUCAGACGAACAUCGCACUUUUCUGCAAAUAUGCUCUGAUGGAUGAGAGCAUCCUGAUGCUGCUUGUGCCUAUUGUGCAAGGAACCGCACUACUCAUGAUCCCAGUGUGGGUUUUCAUCGCAAACAAGACCAGCAAAAGACACAUCUACCUGAUUGGCGGCAGCCUCUUAGCUAUGUCCAUGGCCGCCUUGAACUUCGUCAACUCCACUGAAGCUGCCAUUCUUUUAGGCAUCCUCAUCGGCAUGCCAUUGGCCGUGCCUUACUUGGUUCCCAUCAGCAUGCUUCCGGAUGUAGUCGAGGAAGAUGAGGAAAGGACUGGUCGCAGAAGAGAAGGUGUGCUGUCUGGCCUGUUCACAACAGCUUUGAAGCUAUCAGUCACAGCUGGUAGUGUUCUCACCAACUUGGCCUUGGAGCAGGCCAGCUAUGUUGCUCCAAGUUCCAGCUGUACGGACCAGGGCGUCUUUGAAACGGCUGAAGCUGCGCAAGCUGCCUCCGUGGUGCAGGUGAUGCGAUGGUUGGUUGGCCCGAUUCCUGCCUGUUUCGUUUUGCUGGCCAUGUUUGCAGCUUGGCGCUUUCCCAUCACACCAACCAGUCAUGCAGAGAGGCUGGAAAGGCAGGCGAAAGCGCAAUCCGCCGAGAAGGUUGGCGAGAGUGAAAACCCGAAGGCCGAAAAGCAGGUUUACAGCAACUGGGAGCACGCAUCGACCAAAGUGGUUUUGUAG